AUGAGCGGCCGCGAGGGCCAAACCGAAUCUGACGCGAAGGGGGUGCGUGAGAACUCCCCUCAUCCCUCGUCUUGCACCUCCUCAUGUGACGAUGAUCAAAAAACUUAUUUCAUCAGCCAGUCACUCUUUGAAUCCCUGCAGAACAAAGGAUUUAGUGAUAAUGCCAUCAAGAAGUCCAUAGUGGCGGGGUGCGUGGAUGAAGGCACCUGUACGCAGUGGAUCACGAUGCACGAGGGUCACCCGGAUCUCGACACCCCGCUGGAGAAUGGUGUGGAAGUGACUGUCAGGGUAAAGCGCGUUCUUACUGAGGUGGAGCGUGAGGCGAAAGUGCGGGAGCUGCGAGAAAAGGCCAAGGCGAAGGUUGAGGAAGAGAAACACCUCGCCGCGGAGGAGGAACGGAAGCGGAUCGAGAUGGGUAGGAAGGCGCUUGAGACGAAGGAGAUGCUUGACAAACUUCGGAUGGAGUCUGAACUCGCGGAGGUGCGUCGGCAAAAGGAGGCGGACGCGCUUGCGCGGCGCCGAGUCAAAGUACAGAUCCUCGCCGAUAAGUAUGUGCGGCAGGGUAUGUCCUCGGAAGAGGCACUCCGCUUUGCCGAGUCGGAGUUUGAGGAAGCCGCGCGUAAAAAACGUGAAGAGGCGACAGCGCUUAUGAGCAAAAUGACCGAAGAGAACGUAACAGGGACUACAGCAAGCACUGGUGCAUGGGAUCUGCACGGAAUAGCAGCCCGCGCCGUUCCACUCAGUGAUUUGUUCGACAAACCUGCCGAACCGCCCUCGUCGCUUCCCAGCCUUGUCGACGCGAUACUUCAACAUGAGGACACUGAAGCUGCGCGCCAGUGUUUCACAGUGCUGCGGACUGUCUUGACAAAUAUCCUUAACAAUCCAUUUGACACGACGAAGCGCUCGCUCAAGACGUCAUCAAGUGCCUUCUGUAUGAAGGUUGCCCCUGUUCUACCUGCCCUUCACCUUUUGCAUACAUGUGGGUUCCAACUCGCCACCGACGCGAACGGGAAUGAGUCAUUGACGGCCACUACUGUGGUGAUUCGUGUGCUUGCUCGAGCGCUUGCUUUGCUGCCGAAGGAAGCGUAG